AUGAAGGAAUUGCAAAUGGCGUUAGAAAAGGAAGCCGAGGUAAGCAGAUAAGGCUAAUAAUAAUACAUUUAAUAUGCCUAUGAGUAUGCCCAACCGACGGUAGCUAAUUAGCCAGAAAUGGUCUGCUAAGUCUCCUUGUAGUUGUCGAAACUCAACUUUCCGCCAACAAUUAUCACAAUGCGACUACCUGUGUGGGCCGCGCUUGAGAUGCGCGGUGCAAAACGAUGAGUAUGUUGCGUAAUUUCACAGGUGAACAACCUUUGGUGCGUUUACCGAAUGGAUUACAAGACCCGCUCCUUCCGUUUCAUUUUUCGGUUCAACGUAGAGCCGUCGCAAAUAGUCGCAAAGUGACUAGUAAUAUAUAUAUAUAUAUGUGGGGGGGGGGAGACGACAGAGUCUGGGAGGGGGGUAGGUUGAUACAGCACUGUUUCGGGCUUGUUUGCCUUCAUUCAGCCAAUCAUAACCCUGACCACCAGCUGGUACCGAAAACACAAACAUGCGCACAGACGCACCUGGCGCAGCUGGUCCACCACUGGGGUCUACCAGAUGGGUCAUACGCACUUCAUCAAACCAAAGUUCAUCAGUGCCUCGCCACCUGCCAUUCUAUGGGUGCCGACAAAAGCGAAAGAGACUGGAAUGACAAUCUCUGGACUAUAAGUCGCUGUCAGCCAGCCUUACCCAAAGCCAGGUUUUGGCGUACCUGAGCCUCGAACGUUCGUCAUUGAGUGACAGAACGUUAUUGAGUCCAAAGUUGUACUGUAGGUGGCAUAUCUCUUAAAAUUUUAACUGGAAUACUGAAAUUUUUUUGAGAGGAAAAAGAAUUUUCUUGGCGAAUUCUGAAUGUCGAUUAUCGUGAGACAUGAUCAUAAGAUAACUUAUUUGCGACAGUGUGGUGGCUUUUUAACGCGUUUUUUCCGAUCCCCUUCAAGAACCCACACCGGGCAAACAAUGACUGUUAAUUAUUGUGCGUUUUUCAUUAAUUUUUACUGCCCCUAAGAACUAAAGUAUAUAUAUGUUAGAAAACGUGUACAAAGAAUACAUUUCUACUGCUCUUUAUAGCAAUGAUCAAGUAUUCUUUAAAUUUUAUGCUCAAAGUGGAACAUGCUAUAGGAUUAAAAAUACUUUUCCAAAUCCCACAUAAUUUAAAACCAGCUCUGCAGUUGCAUAUUCGUUUCGGAGUUUAAAACACAUGCUACUACAACUUUUAUGCACGGAAAAUCACACACACACCUCAAUGCUACUGGGAAAGUGCCAUAUGGGACUCAUGAAAUCCUACAAUGGAUAUAUACUAUGUUGCAUAAUUCAUAAUGUGUGCAAAGCAAUAUGCGAAUACUACGCCGUUUGGACAGACAUUUGGCGGUCUUAAUAAACCUAUUUUAAGACUAAAGAUACGCUUUCUUUGUGCAUAGCAUUUAAAGAAGAGGUAAAUUAGCAGUCAAAUUAGUAUAAGAAGGGAUAGUUUGGGCGCAAUUUCCAUAAUACAUAUUAAGGUUUAUAAAGCAUCGAAAAUCAUUGGAAGCAUACCAGUUUGCAAUUGCUGUUUAUUGACUGUGACUGCUGCAGGCGAUCAAAAGAAAGUACAUUCAGAAACCGGCGUUCGUUUGCGACAGAAAUGUCUUCUGACUAUGUCGUACGAUAAUCAGUAUUACAAACCGUAACAUUUGAAGACAACUGCUAUCCAAAGUUCUUCAUACGUAAGUGCCUCAGGAUGCCUCAUUAUGAGUGGUCAAACGGGGAAAUGUCUAAAUUCUUAGCUCACAAUCUCUUAUGUGAAGGACUCUUCAGAGGCGACGGCAAGAAUCCUUAAGCCUUUCGGGAAUGGCGCGGAUCGUGAAGUAGAAUGAACAAUCAGAUACGAGUCAUAAAACCCAAAGAUCCGCUGCUAGCAUAAUCAACGGUGGUCUAUAGCAUAACAUGCCAAAAUCGAAAUGCCAGGUUUGUUGGUGAAACUUGCGAACGCCUUGGCACAAACAACAACUUGCAAUCGCAGGGAUAAGCUGUCUGUGGCCUAUGUUCACAUACAGCAGCUGAACCACAGUAUCGACUUUGAGAAAGCAAGAGUAGUCGGCUGGGCCAGGGAGAAGUAGACCAGAUUGAUGCUCGAAAGUUGGUCCUUGAUUGCCACCGUUAACCGGGCUAUAGACCUGCGCCUCGCCUACCAGGCGCUACGCACGAGACUGGGAUCAGAUCGGACGGGGCCAGUAGCGGAGGCACGCACGUGGAGCCGGAGUUCACGCGACCAGCAUCGACCGCUGCCCCACCGAGGCGCCUGCGAAGUUGAAAACAAGUCGCGCGAACUCCAACGACUGAUCGGUCCGCCGACUGACGUCGGGAGGGCCAAAAAGCAGACUGAUUUGGACACAGAUACGCCGGUCACAAAGGGACAAAGGUCAUGCGAGCCCGCCAGCGGUCAAUCCCAGAUAAGGUCAAAACCGGCCAGCAGCAUUGGGGUGGGUCAAAGUUCGUGCCAGGGGCACUUUGUGAGAUAAUGACUGCUCGGACUGUAGAUGCACAAAAAUAUAAAGUGGAAACACAGUCGAGUCUCUUCGGAAAUCGUGGUCAUUUAGGGAAAGUAAAAUGUGGACUUCCCUGUCAUGAUAUUCGCGCGCAGAGGUCUUUACAACUGAGUUUAAAUUACAACUAAAAAUUGUAUGUCUUAUGGAGGAAGUCAUUCUUUAAGGUAUUUAAACAGUGCGCAUUUUCAGGGAAUCGAAUGUGCAUUGAAAUUACUAAUUCCUUAGAAAAUCUCUCUUACUUUCCAAACAUUAAUCUUGAACUUACUUCACUGAGAAAACAAGCAAACAGUCCGACCGAUUCUAUGCGCAUGCCUUAAGUUAAAUCUAGUGUUCAGGCAGGUUUGUAAAUACUUAUGGAUGGUUGGCGGCUUUUUAGGGAGCAGUUCUGCCACGGCUCGAAAAAUCCAAAACUAGGGAGUUUUCUGUCCUUAACUCUCGCCCAGCUGUAAUAAGAGAUAAGUACGUCCCUAGGGAUAGAGGGAGACACGUGUCCGAACUAGAGUUCAACUCAUUAACUGCAGACUUGAAAAUGUCAGGUGGAAAAGAUGAAAGUUAGGAGAAAAUAGUAGCAGGUAUGAACGAAAGUUUUUCAUACUAUCAGCUAAGGCUGGACACUUGAUGCGCAACUGGCUAAUCACCCACUGUUUUUCAACUUCUGUGCUUAAAGAAUUCCCCUGUCGUUAAUUUUUCACAUAAACUACUCCAUGUUGACAAGAGGCAAAUGGUUGAACUUAACUCUUGACAUACUUCUAUCAUCAUGUUCAUUGUGAUAUGCUCUAGCCUCAAGUUCGCACUAUAUACGAAAUGAACCGUGACGGGAUAAAGACACUUCUCAUAGACUCUGUAACAUUAUCUUUAUUUCGUAGGAGGAGGCAGAAGCCCACGAACGCCGACUUGCUGAGGUGGAAAACAAAAGGAUUCAAGCUUUGAUAUUGACAGGGGUCCUAGACACCUCUGCACUCAAAGGACAGGAGUUUACGGAGGCUGAUCGCAGUGACCAGCCUGCCGGUUCCUCUGUCACCAUCAAGUCCCGCAGUGAGGAUGAGAGUCAUCUUGAUUUCCGGCGGUACACGAGGAAUCCAACAGCAGCAAAAUAUAACGUCCUGCAUGUAAAGCCGCGUUGACUGUUUUAUUCUGCCUCCCCCGGAAUCGUUUUGUUGGUGUUCUUAUUGAAGUUUCAAAUUUAUGUUGUCGAGUUCAGUGAAUCUAUUCGUUUGGAAAAGUUUGCUGUCAGUUGACUGCUACCUUUACACCUGGCGGUGAGGUUUAACCGCAGAUAAGGUUAAGUGAAAGACCUUUUAUCAAACAAAUCAAACAUUUAAUUUACAACCUGCUGCAAAAGAUACACCCUGAAGUGCAUCCCACGUUUAUAAAAUUAAGGUAUGUGGUCCCCUGACUGGCAGGUAAUAAGUAACUGCUACUUAAACUUGGGAACUAAUUAUGUACAAAGGUGUGGCGAGGACAAAUUUCUAAGACAACCCAGUUUUGGCGUUCGGGAAGAAGGACGUCAGUGAUGCGACAAACCUACAAAACUGAGCAAUGAGCUCACGCAUAGCUAAAUAAUGAUUAAGAGGAGAGGUGGACAGUUUUUUGAGCUCCGAACAGUUACAGCCAAAAGUUUAACGUCAGCUAUGUCUACAAUGACUGAGGAGGAUUGAAACGAUAAGCCUCAAGAGCAAAACCACUCCUCGCGAAUUGAACAAAGAAUUCACUAAAGUUCCGCAAAAUCGAGCCAAUUAAUUCUUGUAGUCAGUAAAAAAGGCCUAUAUUGCAGAAUCUAAAAAUAUGGACACUAAUAGCGUGAUUGGGAUUUUCAUUUGGAGCUUAUUUACCGUUUUAAGAAACCAUACUCAACUUUAGGCUGCGGUGGAUCAAGACGUGGAGGUGGUCCUUGGACCUUCGGUAUUCGGUCUACGUCGUUGGCGAAGGGAAUGGGUUGAGCUUUCCAGAUCUGCAGCUGCGGAUCGUCACGCGUGGCGAAGUACAUUUCGAGACAUCAUCGAGGCCGGCUAGAUCAGGCAUGAUCGCAGCCGUAUCAAGUACAAGUCAGGCUGCGGAGAGUUAAGACCUGAACCCAGGUCCAGUUGGUUAUCGAGAAUUCUUAACUCAGAGCCCCCAGUUGAGCCAUGUAUUCAAGGCCGAUCAGCUGUUGAAUUGCAGCUCUAUCAAGUUGAAUGCGCCUUCUAUUUAUACCCUAAAUUGUCCCUGGUUUUGAUUGCUUCCCAUUGCAUCGGAUGGGAUCGGGCCACUGACAUAAUUGACAAAGUUUUUGAUUCAAAUGUAUGACAACCGACUUCAGGAAGGUUUAACUCCCAGGUGUUCGAGUCGUAGCUGACUGAUGAGAGCAGAUGGACAGAAAGUGAUCACUUUAGUCUUUUUCGCUUUUCUUGGAAUUUCAUCGGCUUAGUUAAAUCUACGAUCCGUAGUACUGUUAUCGAAGUCUCUUUCAUAAUUCAAUAAAAGAUGGAACAACUUUAAAAAUGAACCAUGAACCCCCUAUUAGAAGUCUUUGGCAGAUAAUUAAAUAGGUCUUUUGAAAGAGGUAGAAUAAAUCUGGUCUGGUCUGAUUAUUGCUGGCCAGGAAUUUCUGACACCUUCAGGAUUUGAACUAGAACUAAUAACUAUGGAAGCCCCGAAUUGUAGUUGCUUGGCCCUGGGGUACGAGUCUCCACGUUGCUGACGGCGCCCGCGAUUAUAUUAAGCGAGAAAUAGAAAUCAUAGCUGUGGCCAUUCCUGCAUGCUUUUAGUAAGCCAGGGUUAGCUGGACAGGAUGUACAAGGAUGCCGGGCCUAAAAUUGCCUAAGCAAUUUUCUGCCGACUCGAAAUGCGGAGGAAGCCCCUCGCCGAAGGCCAAACGAGUGAAUUUUUUGGAUCGGUAUUAAGCGGUGCCAACCAACGUCAUACCUUAAAGGGCACUUUGUGUACUAGCACCGUUGUCUUGGUAACUACAAGGAGUUAUUUUCUGUACGUCUGAGCGGCUGUUGAAGUGUUCAACGUCUCCUUAAUUUUAGAAAGUGGGCUGGACAAGGAAACGUUCUAAGUAAUUAAGCUAUCGUGCAGCAGAAUAAAUAAUAUAUUGGUUUGAGUCGCCUUAUAAAAAGGCUGUCUAUGCGAAUGGAGAAAAAACAAGUUUUCACAGGGAAGAAAAUCGCCGGUGGUGAGGUUAAUUUAUUUGGGGAAACUUCGAGUAGUAGACUGGCUUUUGGGUUUUAUGUUCAACAGCAGUAUAACGUGUUUUGUAUUAAGCGAUCGCCCGACUGGUUCUGGGUACGUCGCGAAACGAAUUCGGAAUCCACUUGGUCAUAAAAAAUGCAUCUCCUUCAAACAUAUCUAAAACGGUGGUGAAUAACGCAAUGUUAGUCGCUUAAUUAAUCCCUAUGCGUUUGCUAGGCGCGUACAUUACUUUAUUCGUCUGCGCAUACGAUUUGUUAAGAGGCAGGUCAAUGGGAAUGAUUUCCGGUUGGGGGUUUUCUGGUUUUGGAAUUAUAUCUGGUGUUCCGCGAGCUAAAGAAGCCUGCGAGACAAUAAUAUAGGCCAAUAAGCAGUGCACUUGUAUCAUCGGACAUUUCGACCGUCGCUGCCGACGAUGUCCAUCAUGUGUCCCAGAGAAUGGUGGGCUCGUGGACGGUGACUUGUACUGCAUCUAUCGCGCCCCUCCUCUUCCUCCACCUGGACCCGGUGUCAUGACAGUCAAGAAGCCGAAGGCGGGAGAGAACACCGGUGGCGGGAGACUGGGCCUAGGAGUGUUACCACAUCCCCUCUCCCCGAUAUAGGGCAAUUGUCAUGGGUGCGCAAGCCAAUAACGCGUGCCGGACACUGAUCUGGCACUCACCUGAGGUCUUUCUGACUCUCUCUUGACACCGGGCUCAGGUGGGGGAGUAGGAGAGAGUGCGGUAGGUGCUUCGCAAGUCGACGUGCCUGAUUCACCUUGCUGUGGAGCACACGGUGGACAUCGUUGGAUGCGACGGCCGAACAGUCAGUAGGAGAAGACGCAUUUACCGUGUAAGAGAGGUUGGUUACUGCCAUCUCCAAGGAGAAGGUAAUAUAACAGCAUGCCAACAUCACAAACUUUUUUGAGCAUGGGGAUUGAUUUUGCCGAAAAUGACGGGAACUAGAAUGACCACUUCUGACUGGUUACCAUAGUCAUUCAGUCAAGCUUCCCCUGGAGACUAUCAGUGCAUGACGCACAAAUCCGAACAGUACGUGAAGUUAAGGGACACUUCGGAGUGGACUACGUUUCGUCGUACACUUUGAUAAGACCAACGCUGAUCGAGAUUAUUGUCGUCAUUUUUAGCCUCCAGAACUGAAUUAGACGAUUUUGUUGAAUUACUGUGCAGUGAGAAGUUAUGGGUUAGCAGAAAAUCUGUUUCGAAACGUUCUUGGAACUUGCAGCCACGGUGAAGAGAAUUGUGAAACACGCAGCAGUCACUUUGGUCCCUAGAAGAAAACCAAAUUUUGUGUUCAGAUUUUCACUUUAUGACUCGCGUGUUCAAAGAUGCAGAAAUUACUUUGCGUGCAAACUGCUUUCCGCGGGAUGGACUGUGCCACCUGUCAAAGUCAGAGCCGUUGACCAUGCUGUAUGGAAAGGGAUGGACCGUGAUAAAUGACGGGGAUAACAGGUGACGUUUCAACAGAUGGACCAGUUCAUCCGAAACCUCUGAAAAUAAGGAACGGGAAGUGGUUUGACAAGCGAUGGCUCUUACAGAGGGAUCUACGCAGUAAACGUAUCCACGGUAUCUGCACGUCAGUUGUGUUAAAUGCAAAAUACGAUCGAACCCUGCAACUAGGUCAUUCCCGAUUCAUCCAAGUUUCGCCCACCUCAUGGGGAGGGUUGUGUAAUAUCGGGGAUAGUAUUUCUUUCUUAGAUAAAAUUGUAUCCUGUUAAUGCAUGUGCUAUGUGCUGCAUAUAAACUAACUCAUAAGAGACUCGAUUAUUGUUUAACUGAGAACUUGAAAGCUAAUCGGUAACAUUCUUUGAUAUACCCGGUUUGAUCGUUCUUCCAGCGGAUUGUCACUGACCUAUCAUUAAACGACCCUUAUAUUUCGUAAAAUAUGGUUGUUUGUCCCUAUGUCGUUUCCUCUAUUUUUCGAACCUGCCGUAAGGGCGGCUUUGUCCGCAACCAGGCCCGAUUUCACGAAUAACAAGUGUACAAUUUCGAGAUUGGUAGUUAUCCUUGUUCAAGAUCGUUAAGGCAGAGAAAUUCUAAUGCUUUAUCUAUAAAAACACAAACAUUAAAAUGCGCAGAAAUUCAAACCGCACUAGUCUGUUAUUUCAGACAGUUCGUUGACAUAAAAGAGACCAUUUAUUAAUACGCAGAUCCUGCAUCAAAGCGUCAAGCAAUUUGUAACGAUAUCCGCUAUUUUAGAACAUGAUUCCACUUUGGUAACGACAGGGUAUAGGAAUCCCAAGUAGAUGUAAACUCCAAAAAUAUACCCUAAAAUUCAGUGUGACUGUAAACAUCGCUCAUUUUCCACCGCUCUCAUUGUUUGAAAUUUCCUUCCCUUCCCGUCUGAAUGUUAAUGCACCAGAGGCACUUUAUUAAAUGCCCGUUGUUUUUUGAAAAUUGUUUUUGUUUGUUUUUUGAUUGCCGCGCUCGCUUUCUUUUCCAAAUGACAGCGUACGAUAACACUUUCGGCAGAACUUUAUCUAUCUUGUGUGUCUUCUUGCUCUGCGUCCUGUGUGUUGCCCCACCCAUACAACUCCCUCUACCACUAUUCAACGCAUGACACGGCCAACAGGCUGGCUCAAGUUAGUUGGGGGUCCGUCACCCUAUCGUUUUCUCCACUUUUGUAGAAAAUAAAACCGGAAUAUAGUACACCAGCCUGCAACUCAAAAGCCUUUGGAUUCAGACUUAAUUCAUUCACACCUGCUUGGGAUAUAUUCCCAUUGUGCUUAUUUAAUUUCUUUCGGCAAAUUAUUGCAAGUACACGUAUAUACUUUUGGACAGUUUAAAAAGGCUUUGAGUACAUAAAUUUUUUCUUUGACCACAUGCAGAUUGCUGAGAAGGUAGACAAAAUGUCGUCGGACCCCAUCGAGCCGCGCGCAAAAUGGGUAAGCACAGGAGCCCCCAACAUAUCACUUGCAUUAUCGAGCAACAUUUAAAAGCAAUACUUUCAAUAAUCUUUAGCGAGAAGUAUAAAGUCCAACUUAUAGGAAGUUUUCCAAUGUCAAUUUGUUUAUGUUACCCUAGAAAGAUGUGAAACCGCGUGUGACUUGCGAGGGACAAACUAAUAACCUCCUCGGAGAGACCGCGUACAUGCUUCAGGAGGUUCUGGAAUCCGAUGGUGGGCUGAAGAUAGAAGACAUUAAAAAGGGCAUUGGGAAGUCGGGCCGACGUAUCAAAAUACCGCGAAUGAGUUUUGCGGAGAGUCGCCUAAAAGCUAAGGAAAUUGGCGCCACUGGCGCAGCUAUCGUGAGUCAGAAUUCUGGCAGUUUUUACCUCCUCCUCCUCUCCGCUUUUUCACUCCCCAUCAAAUAG